AUGAUGCGCUAUUCGGACAUAUGGGAUAUUCCAAUACUACGGCAAAAAUGUCACGACUUUUUACUGUUCCGUUUCCCACGACUUCGUCCAACGUUUGAGACGACGUUUUCACUUUUGGAAACUGCCUACACGCAUGGUUUUGAACGUAGUUCAGAGCAAUUGAUCUCACGUUUAGCCGGUUUCGGCCAAGUUUUCCUCGAUCAACAAGGAAUGUUGCAUAAAGACCCUCGUACAAUUGCGGCCCUAUUUUCUGCCGCUCCCAAGGAAAGAAUUGUUGUGAAGAAGUUUGCUCACAGUCUAUCCUUCCAUCGCCAACAGCUAUAUUUCUGUACACCACAUCAAGAUGUGAUCCCGUGUACGAAAGAUGCACAAUUCCCGAAUUUCAUCAAAAUCGUGCCGUUCAAUAUCGGCUCAGCGAAAGCCGACACCGAGCUGCUAUAUGGAUUGAAGAGCGAGAAGAAAACGUGA